UAGGGGGCGCUGUGGCGCCGGCGGCCCGCCGGCCGCUUCCGGCGCGCUGCGGCGGGCGGGCGAUGGCGGCGCAGUUCCGCAGCUACGUGUGGGACCCGGCGCUGAUCGUGGCGCAGAUGGUGCUGCUGCAGGCCGGGUACUACAGCUCGCUCGGGCUCUGGCUCGCUCUCCUCGGUACGCUGGGCACGACCGGGCCCUCCCUCCACCAGGUGUUCAGCGACGAGAUUUUAGGCUUCUCAACCCCACCGGGGAGGCUCUCCAUGAUGGCUUUCGUCCUCAACGCGCUCACCUGUGCGCUGGGCUUGCUGUACUUCAUCCGCCGGGGAAAGCAGUGCCUGGACUUCACAGUGACCGUUCACUUCUUCCACCUCCUGGGCUGCUGGAUUUAUAACUCGCACUUUCCCUCCACCCUGACGUGGUGGCUGGUGCACAUCGUGUGCACCGCCCUGAUGGCUGCGAUCGGGGAGUACCUCUGCAUGAGGAUAGAACUCAGAGAAAUCCCCCUCAAUUCUGCCCCCAAAUCCAAUGUAUAGACUCGCUCUGGCAACAACAUGCUGCGUUACGUCAUUGUUCUCAGCACAAGCGCAUCUAAUGCCCGAGAAUCAUCAUUGAAGAAGCACAGCAGGUCUGUCCAGACUUUUUGUUUGGUUUUUGGACCUUGGUGACUGCAUGAGUGUGAGCAUCUCCUCUGGCAUCAGCCAACAACGGGGGAUGAGCAGAUGUUUAUUUUGUUAACACAAAGCAUUUAAUGUGACUGUACGGCGAGUGUGCUCUUAAAAACUCUUCGCUCUUGAGACUGUUAAAAGCCAAGUAGCAAAACUCGAUGCAUGAGGAGCAUCUGGAAUUUAAGAAAGGUGGGAGUGCCCUGUGUGGGUAAUGCAGUGGUCAGAUCCUCUGGUGGGAGCUGGCACAAUGAGCAGUGGGGCUGGGAGCUGCUGCUUCCCAUCUGUAACUUGUUUUGGGCUUUGGUUGGAAGUCAAGAGAGUAAAUGGAUGGGAAGAAAAUAGUUGUACGUACCUGAAUCACCAGCUGAGACACUAAAUAACCUGUAACAUUAGGUGGGUUUGUUUGCUCUUUCCAUGUUUAAUACAUUGAGAUGUCAGACAGCAGUUUGCUGAAGAAAUCUUUUGUAAUAAUAAAACUAUUCUGUUGC